GGGUAGCAACAGUUGCCUGGGUGAGGACGAAGCGCCAUAGCCACGGUAGCCGUGGUGACAAGAACCCAGCAACGAGAAUCAACAACAACAACCCGAUUCACUGACAAAAAAACAUAUUAAAUCAAAAUACGGCUGGAAAAGUCACUCGGAAUAAGAGUCCAGGGUUAACCCAAUGGCAACUCCAGCAUAUGUGAGGGAGCUGCAGCAGACCUCCCAGCCUCAGGGAGGCGGUAUUGCUCCCACAUCAGGCCAGACUUCCACCGUGACGGCAGCUCCCCAACAAUUCCUGGCUGAACUUCAGACUACAGGGGCCACGUCUUCAGCGGCCCCACCCACCGGCCAGACCACGUCCCCUCCCUCGCAACCACAGAAGAGCCAGGCAAUUGCCCAGGCACCGCCCACACAAUCCCCGCCCACUCAGACUCAAUAUGUCACAGCUGAGAUUCAGAGCUCACCUACGCAGUCCAGCAGUCAGAAUACACCACAGUACAUCGUUGUCACAGUUACAGAGGGUUCUCUUCAUUCCAGUGACUCUGUGUCAGAUUCUAGUCCUCCUGCUGCUGUAGUCCAAACUGGAGUUCCCACACAGGUGGUGCAGCAGGUGCAGACUGCCCAACAGAGGUCAGUAGUUCAAGCUACAUCUCAGACAACGAAAACAGAGCCGGGCACCCAGCUGAAUGUCACCAGCCUACAAUCUGUGCACCUGACACAGGAGGUACAGCAGCAGCUCCAACAGGUGCCAGUCCAGCAUGUGUAUACUAACCAGGUGCAGUAUGUGGAUGGAGCAGACGCUAACUACACCACCAGCACCAUUCGUUCCAGCAGUUUCCCAUACACCGAGGCCCCUCUGUAUACCCAGACCACUGCUGGACAGUACUAUGAGACCACCCCUGCCUCUGGGUCUGAGGCCACGUCCCCCGGCACCCCUCUCACCGUCUCUGUGACCACUGGAUCCCCCGGCGUGUCCAUGUUUGUGGCGGGGACGGGGCAGAUCGUGGCCAAUCCUACGACGGCGGCAGGGGGCGGAGUCACAGCUGUAGUGGCAACCACUGGGACGGUGGCCAAUGGUUCUGGAGACUCCGGCGGCGAGGCUAACGGUAGCAGCGGGAGCUACGUGAUUCAGGGCGGCUACAUGCUGACCGGUAGCGGGACCGGCAGCAGCGGAAACGGUCACGGUUAUCCGCACCCCACCCGUGCCUCUCCAGCCACCGUGAGUAUAAACGAAGGCGAGGACAAUAGCGUGCCGUCGGCAGACAAAAAGCUGUCCUCUGGCCCUCAGGUGCAGUGGUUGUUGGAUAAUUAUGAGACAGCGGAAGGGGUGAGUUUGCCCCGAUCUACUCUCUACUGUCACUACCUGCUGCACUGUCAGGAGCAAAAGCUGGAACCCGUCAACGCGGCGUCCUUCGGAAAGCUCAUCCGCUCGGUGUUCAUGGGGUUAAGGACCAGACGCCUGGGCACACGAGGGAAUUCCAAAUAUCACUACUAUGGACUGCGGAUCAAAGCGAGCUCAUCUCUGCUCCGUCUGAUGGAGGACCAGCAACACCUGGCCAUGAGGCAGCAGCCCUUCUCCCAGAAACAGAGGUUGAAGCCAGUACAGAAGGUGGAGGGAAUCACGAACGGCAUGUCGUCCGGAUCGGGACAGCAGCAGCAGCAGCAGCAGAGCUCGGGUCUGUCGGACAUCAGCACCCAGGUCCAGCAGUACCAGCAGUUUCUAGAUGCGUCCCGCGCUCUCCCAGAAUUCCCUGAUGUUGACCUGCAGGGUAGAGCUUUACCAGAGGGCAUUGAGCUGGAACAUCUUAAAAGCUUUCAGUUGCUCUACAGAGAACACUGCGAAGCCAUUCUGGAUGUGAUGGUCAACCUUCAGUUCCCAUUGGUGGAGACUCUUUGGAAAACAUUUUGGAGGUUCAGUGAGAGUCAGACAGGAGACUCAACAACACUAGCUGUACAUGAUGAGUCUGAGAAGCGGCUGCCCAAGUCAUGUUUGGUAGUGCUCUGUAAAUAUGAUCCAGUGCUCCGCUGGAGUCGUGACUGCGACAACACACUGUACCAGGGCCUGGUGGAGAUGCUCAUCCCAGACGUGCUGAGACCUAUUCCCAGUGCCUUAACACAAGCCAUCCGAAACUUUGCGAAAAGUCUUGAGAGCUGGUUGACUAACGCCAUGAUGAACAUUCCCGAAGAGAUGGUUCGCGUGAAGGUGACGUCUGCAAGUGCGUUUGCUCAGACCCUGCGCAGGUACACCUCUCUAAACCAUCUGGCCCAGGCAGCUCGUGCUGUACUGCAAAACACGGCACAGAUCAACCAGAUGCUCAGCGACCUCAACCGAGUGGAUUUUGCCAAUGUGCAGGAGCAGGCGUCCUGGGUGUGCCGGUGUGAGGAUCGGGUGGUGCAGCGGCUGGAGCAGGACUUCAAACUGACCCUCCAGCAGCAGAACUCUCUGGAGCAGUGGGCAGCCUGGCUGGACGGCGUGGUCUCGCAGGUCUUAAAGCCGUACCAGUCUAGCACUGCCUUUCCAAAAGCAGCUAAACUCUUCCUGCUGAAAUGGAGCUUUUACAGUUCUAUGGUGAUCAGAGACCUGACUCUCCGCAGUGCUGCAAGCUUCGGCUCAUUUCACCUAAUCCGGCUGCUUUAUGAUGAGUACAUGUACUAUCUGAUAGAGCACAGAGUUGCCCAGGCCAAGGGCGAAACUCCCAUUGCUGUCAUGGGAGAGUUUGCAAGUCUUGGUCGGAGUUUGAAUCCACUAGAUCCUGAUAAAGAAGAGGAAGAGGAGGAGGAAGAAGACAGCGACGAUGAGUGUCAGGAGUUGUCUCUGCAGUCUGAUGGGGGCGCUAUGGGGGAUGAAUCUCUAGAACCGCCCGCUAAGCUGGCCCGAACCGACCAGAGAGUGCUGUUCACCACAGGAAGCAUGGAUAACUAAGAACUUAAAUACAUACACGCACAUAAGCACACACACAUUUGCACAUACAAGCACACACUCCACAUAAUCCUCAUCUGUCAUUCAUGAACUUAAACCAACACAUGCAUCUAAAAAACAAGUGCUGCAGCUUACAUAUGAUCACAACAUUUCAGAUGUUUGUACUGUAUGUACAUUUCCAAGCCUGUCGACGUCUCAAAUGCAGAGAUACACAAGUGCUCACUGAAACACAGAGACACAAAUAGAGCCGCCCUCGCCCUCACACACUCAUAUCAUAUCAAGAUCUUUGACUGGGUGCUCUUGGAUCUAAAUCUGAUUCUGUCUCUAAUAGCUAUUAAGAGUCGUUGGCGAUGGACUGAACUCUGAUUGGCUACUGAAACCUGAACGAAAAUAUCAGUCAAGGUUUUUUUUUUUUGACCUAAAAGGGUUGUUAGUGAGAAAAGAUGGACUGUAAGUGUGUUUGUUGUGUGUUGAUGUAUACUUUUCUGCCUAUCCGUGUGUUGUUGGUGUGAUUGUGAGUGACCUUACCGUUUUUAUCUGCUAGCGUGAACGCGUGUGUUUUUGUGCAUGUGCGAACGACCGUCUGUGGCUCUCAAGAAGUGUUGAUAGUUGUUUUCGUCAGUGGUACCUUUUUUAGUUCUUGAUGCCUUCAGCGACUGCCAUAUCGUUAAUUGUUUUAAGCAUAUUAUAGCCCGGCUCUUUAAAACCCUUGAGUCUAUAGGUGUACGCAGCUGGGUUGUGUAUUGUUGAUUUUUAGGGCUAGUCUAUACAUACCUCUGCAAAUGACAGCAGUUUGCCAGAAAUAAGAAGGGAGUUUUUUUCCCCAGUAUGUUUUUCCUCUCUUUUUUUAAAUGGUUUUUAUAACAUUAAUUGACCUAUUUUGUUGCACUUUUUCCUCCUGCCAAACGUCGUCCUGAGAUUGGUACAAGACAUUAAAUGUUUCUGUGCUUACAUACGUUUUUCUAUGGUCACGAAGUGACAAUCUUGAUGUGUACAGCGUUGUCUCACACUGUUUAGUGUAUAUUUGAUGGUUUGCUGUGUAUUUGAGAUUUGGGUCAAGAUGUUUUACUAGAACCCUUCAGACAAACUUGACACCAUUGCCCUUAGUAGCUAGAAGAUGUAAAAGGUAGAGAGCGAAACGAUCUUUCAGCCAUUUCCUUCUCAAGACUCUUUGGUUGAAUUAGUUACUUGUGUUUGUGGCGUAUUCAAUGAUCAGUUUGAGAGACCUACAGUACAUUAAAACUUAAUAUCUCAAAUAUAAACAUAUAUAAACUAUGAUUAUUUCUGCUGUAUAUCUGAGCAUUGCACAAGAUGCUGACUGAUCUCAGACCAGCAUGAUGAUUUUCUUUCCCACAGGAAACAUAUCAGAAGAUCUGGAGAUCCUCUCUUUAUGACAGCCAUUUUCAUAACAAAAUGAAUUUCCCUGUUCACAUUUUUUUGAAAUCAUUUCCAUUUCCUGCUCAAAAAAAAAAAAAAAAAAAAAAAAAAGCAAAACAAAACCAAGUGUGGCAGUGUUUUGAGUAAUCUGUCACGAGAAUGGUUGUGCCUUUGCAGUUAUCAAAUAAAAUCCAGAUGUUUUUAAUUUAAAAUGAAUUAAUAAAUUAAUCAUUUCUAAAAUUGUGAA